AUGGAUUUUGAAUCAAAUUAUGAUAUUGUUGGCUCUGCCCAAUUCAUUCGCACUCACGACUUCACCAGAGUUGCCUUACAAUUUCCCGAUCAUCUUCUAAAAGAUUCAACAAGAGUGGUCACUGCUCUGCGCAAGAGACUUCAAUCAUUGAAAAAAAUUGAUGUCACAGAAGGUGGGCAUGAGAAAGACGUAGGAUUGUUUGUAAUGGCAGACACGGCCUAUGGCAGUUGCUGUGUUGAUGAAGUUGGAGCAUCACACAUUAAUGCUGACUCUGUCAUACAUUAUGGACAUACAUGUUUUAGUCCGACAACAAAUCUACCAGCCUUUUUUGUUUUUGGGAAGGCUUCUGUUUGCAUACCUGAUUGUGUUGAAAGUAUGUCAAAAUAUGCUCUGAUAAAUAGUAAGCCUAUCAUGGUCCUUUUUGGGCUGGAAUACGCACAUUCAAUACAACAAAUUAAAGAAAGACUAUUAAAACCAUCAGACCCUAAGCUAGAAGUUCACUUUGCGGAUGUUCCAUCUUCAGUUAUGUUUCCAUCAAAAGAUACUAAGAAGAUAAAUGGGCUUCAAGAACCAGCCAGUGGUUACCAUGGGGAAAGUGGAACUACAUAUAGCAUUGGGGGAUUGACUUGGAAAUUACCUGAGGGACAAAGCAUGGAUGACUACUCGCUCUUUUGGAUUGGACUUGAUGAUUCAGCUUUUGCUAAUGUUGUGCUCACAUUCAAUACUUGUGAUAUAGUUCUUAUGUCAAUCGUUGUUGUUAAGAUCCCAAUUAAGAUCAUGAACUUGUUUGAUUCUGCAAUUUUAGAAGCCAGAUACGAGCUGGAUUGGUGGCAGGAUUUCAGAUAUGAUGCAAAUGAAAAUCAAAUGGUGACAGACUUGUUUCAACAAAGGAGGAUUCUUAAACGAAGAUAUUACCUUGUGGAGAGGGCUAAGGAUGCUAAUAUUGUUGGGAUUUUAGUUGGAACUCUUGGUGUUGCUGGUUAUCUUCAUAUAAUCAAUCAAAUGAUGGAGCUCAUUACAGGAGCAGGCAAGAAGGCCUAUACUUUGGUUAUGGGAAGACCAAACCCAGCUAAACUUGCUAACUUCCCUGAGUGUGAUGUUUUCCUAUACGUUUCUUGUGCCCAAAGUGCUCUACUAGAUAGCAAAGAGUAUCUAGCUCCAGUUAUUACUCCCUUCGAAGCAAUGAUAGCUUUCAAUAGGGGAAGUCAGUGGACAGGAGCCUAUGUAAUGGAAUUUCGAGAUCUAAUUAAUUUGCCUCAAACGGAAGUUGCAGACCAGGAGGAAGAAGCACGGUUUUCAUUCUUGAAGGGUGGAUACGUUGAAGAUUUUGGAAAUCAAGAAAAUGUUGAGGAGGAAAGAGAAGCCCUUGCUUUAGUAAAUGCAACAGAGAAGGCACUGCAGUUGCGAAAUAACUCUAAUGCUAUAGUGAAAGGGAAUGCUAGAUCAGGAGCAGAGUUUUUGGCUACUCGAUCUUAUCAGGGGCUGAAUAUGCCCAUUGAGAAUAUCUCCCCAGAGCCGUACCUCAUAGGAAGGAGAGGAAGGGCAUCUGGGUACGAGGAUGAGAAGAACCAACAAUGA